UGUCUUAAACAGCGGGGUUUCAUUCAUAAAUACUUUUAGCUUUAAAAUCCACAUUAAAGUGUUCGCGGAAGAGUUUGAUGUUAUCGGCUUCGCCCCUCCACCCCUGCAUGGACCAGGCUAGUUGAGUAGCCAUGCAUCACUGCCUUCCUGUUGCUCCAAGGCCAGUGGGCCAGCCCUGAAGGGGGAACACUGCUGCUGCUAAGGCUCAGUCGGCUCGGUGGGCUAAGGUGCUGAGGAUGCAGCACGGGAGCUGAGGAGGAGACUCCCGAGCCACAGGCUGACACACACAUCCAGAGCUGCUGCUGCGCACUGCCCUCCAUCAGGGGGGACUCUUUAGCUGGCCUGGACCAUGAGCAAUGAGUCUACCGUCUGGAACAUCCUACCAGAAAACUCCACAGAGAUCCCAUUCGAGGCCAAGGAGCAGCAAGAUGGCUAUGUGCUCCUCCUGGUGAUCCUCUCCAUCUUCCUGGUAGGAACGCUGAUCUUCAUUUCUGUCCUCCUCAUCGCCUGCCGUCGCUGCUGUCGAGGAGGGCAAUGCUGUGACAGGCCCAGCGAUGAUGCUGAGAAAACCAACACCACCUACAUGGAGGAGUCUCAGCCCACCCAUGAAAUCACAAUCAGGGUGGAUGAGUCAGACUGCCUAUCAAUGGCCAGCUCUCACGACCAAGAGACGGAGCGCUUCCUCUCCACGGGCACCACAGGCCGUCGUGUCUCCUUCAAUGAGGCUGCACUCUUUGAUCAUGGCAAGAAGGCUCAGGAGAAGGGCCGCAGGUACACUCUGACCGAGGGUGACUUUCACCACCUGAAGAACGCCCGCCUCACACACCUCCACAUUCCACCCCCGGCCCUCAAGAUAGUCACCAUCCACGAGUGCGACUCGGCUGAGAACACCAUCACCAUGACAACACGCCCUGUCGCUAAGUCAGCACUUUCCAUCUUCCAGCCAAUGCUGUGCCCCCUUCCACAAACAGCGUUGACCAGCCUGAGUGUCAAUCCCAGCUGUGCCCUCCCUGGAGAUGCUCUCAACUCUGUGGUGGACACCAGCUUCAGCGAGAACACUAUAGCACUCAGCACUAACGAGCCUAGCUCCAGCUCUAUCGAGAUGAUGGGAGCUGGGCCCCGGGGCACAGGCAGCAGUGUCAGUGUUGGAGAAGGGGCUGCGGUGUGCAGCAGUGCCCCUCCUGCUGGCAGCGGUGCAGUAUGCCAGGGACCCGUGCUGCAGUUCUUCACUAAACUGCGGCGCCACGCUAGUUUGGAGGGGGCCAGUCCCUACUUCAAGAUCAAGAAAUGGAAGCUGGAUAGCAGCCAGAGGGCCUCGAGUCUGGACACCAGAGGCUCUCCAAAGAGGAGACAGUUCCAGCGCCAGCGAGCUGCCAGUGAGAGCAUGGACCACGAUGACAAUGACGCACACCACAUAGACCUUAUCCAGUACAUUGCCCGCACCCAGGACAUCACCUACUGUCCCAGCCAGCCCACUACACGCCUCCUCUCACCUCCUUCUACACCUCCCCCCUCCCUCGGCAGGGUAGAGGUAGAGGUGAUGGUGGAGCCCCACUGCAGCCAUGGAGGACCAGGGGUGAUUGGCCUAUCCCCUGAUACCCAAGAUGAAGCACUGAACCUGGCAAGAAGGGAAUGUGCUGACCCCAUGGACCCCCUAGAUCCUCAGGACCCCCAGUCACUUUACAAAGACAUCUGGACCCUUCGUGCAACACUGGAACAGUACGCCGCCUCUGAUCAGAGCAGCAACAAUGACAGGAACUCCGUCUGCAGUGAUGCUGACAGUGUGUGUUCGCUGAGCGGACGCACAGAGACAGAAAGGGGAGGGCUCCCCAGCUACCCGUCGCAGGAUUUAGGGGAUGAGGCAGAGGGUGGAGAGGAAGACAAGUGCUUUUUGAUGUUCACGGAGGAGAGUUUGGGGAUGAAGGAGGGAAGAAAGAGGAAACAGGAAAGCACAGAAUCAGAGCGAGGGGGCAGCGACGGAGAAACAGGGACUCGUAAACUGCUGCAGAUGGACAGCGGCUAUGCAUCAAUAGAGGCUCCAUCUCGAGGUCCAGAAGACCUACGACUGUUUGGGAGCAGCAGCAUCAGUGGCAGCCCUAAGGACAGGACAGCCCAUGAGAAAAGGUACCACUUCACCAACGCAGGGCGCACUGGCACUAUUGGUGACAGCUUUGAGUCUCAUCUCUUUGAGGAGGAACCAGAAGACGAGUUAUUGCUGGGUGCCAGUGGAGGAGUUGCCAUAGAAACAGGUGCUGGCUCACUUAGCUGGUUCCCAUAUGGUCAGAUGCUCACACCUCGAGAGGCUGCGCAACCCUCACCUCAACCACCAACCCUGCACCGACGAGACUACAGCAUUGAUGAAAAGACAGACGCACUAUUCCACGAGUUUCUCCGCCAUGACCCUCAGUUUGAUCAGCAGGAGUCGCCGCUAAGGAAACACCGGUCCCGUAUCCACCUCCGCAAGCAGUGGCAGCGGCACAAGCAGUGGAGCGACCCUGGUGUCAGACACUUCCAGUCCUCAUUUGAUAGACAGCGGACCCCGCUACGGAGGGGUGACAGUGUAAACUACCCACUGGACACAAGCUACCACAGCACCUUGCCCCGCAUUGUCAGUGCUCCUGACGAGGAGACCAGCGAUGGGACCGGCAGCACUCCUGACACUCCAAAGCUAGAGUCUGCGACUAUUGAGGAUGGUGGCAAGGACAGGGAGCAGGGAAUCACUGUCAGAGACACUGAGAACCACACCGCCUCUUCUCCUCCACCUUCUCAGCCCCCCAUGUCAGAGAAAGAUGAAGGGCUGAGUGAGCACCCUGACCGUCAGGAGGACAGCAAACAGACAGGCCUCCCCCCCGAGCCUCCAGACGAGCACUUGCCCCCUCAGUUGCCCAACUCCUCAGGCUACGGCCCGCAAACCAUCACAGCAGAGCUCACUGACAAACUGACUGCUAACCUGGAUGAGAGGCUGUACAUGGGCCUUCGCAGGACAAGGGACACAGCCACUGAGCGUGUGACAGUGACGGUCACACACGCUUCUCCAGACCACAGCCCAGUGUAGCAGGGCUCCAGUCGUCCUCCUUGUCAGCCUCACUCCUGCUGAUACACACUUUUCUUUUUAUUUGUCUUGCCUCAGUUUAAAUGUCUCUCUGUAUACAGCUUGAAUGGUGUGAUCCAGACCCAUAAAGAAACGAUGGAAAGUAUGCUUUAAAUCAGUCCAUAAUCACACACUUAUUCUCAGACAAUGUUAGAUAGUUAAUCCGUUAGGAAUGCAUCCAGUCUCUCUUUAUGCCUGUUAGCAUUACAAAACUGUUCAAUGUUGCCAUUUUACAGUUCAUUUAACAGCAAUGAUAUAAAUCAAAAUAAGAUUAACAGAGCUAAGGUAUCAAAAAUAAUGGUUUUAGUAAUAACUGUUUGUCCAUUGUUUUUUUUUCUGUCUGUAGUCUAUUUAGUCUGUGUUUUCAUGUCUUUACUGCUGUCAUACCUGUCUCUGAUCUCUAGUAAGAGUAAGUGGAGCUGAUGGCCGGUUUGGCCUGUACCGGACAGUACUUUGUACUUGCUGAUCCACUGUGAAACCAGGUGCUAUUAGACAUGAAGAAAGCUACAGAUCUGGACACAACUGGUACCUGCCAGUCCUGUGAUCAUAUGUUAAAAAAUGGAAAAGAAGUAGUUUUAUCAUACUUAUGAGCCAAAAGAUUAGUUAGAGUAUCAUAGUUAAUCAAAGCCAAAUGAGGCAUACUUUCCCUUGAUGUAGACCUUUUCCGGGAUUAUCUCGACCUUCUUCAAAUGUGUGACUGAGGCUAAAUUCCCAAAUAUAGAAGAGGUUACUUACAUAGAGUUGUUCAGACUGGUUAUUUAGUUCAGUGGUUCCAAACCUGUGGGUCGGAAACCCCCAAGGGGUCGCAGGAAAGACCUGGAGUGUCGCAAAGAUUUGUCUUUGAUUAAAGGAAUAAGACAGAAAAAUAAUUAUUUAUUAUGUAUUUCUUUGACAGAAAAUAAUUUUUUUUUAAAUUUUGUUUGGUUCAGUCUUAACUGAUCAGGAGUAAGUGACAUACCUGUCCCGUCAACGUUAUUUUCAAUCAACAUGGAAGCUACUGUAGCGGUUGCUAGGAGCAGUUAACUUUUUUUGCAUUAAUUGAUGAAAUAUGUCAAUAGAAGAUUGUUAUUUCUGUUUAGCUUUACUGCUACAUUAGUGUCAUCCAUGAUUGUUGCCUAUUUUUGGCCAUUUUUCUGUCACAAUUUUUCAUGGAUGUAGCUAGGUAUCUAGCUAUGUGGACAAGAAUAAGGGAAGGCAGAAAAGUUUCUCCCAGAAUCCCUUAUUUUGAAAUCGAAGAUAUCUUUCGAUCUCCUUACUUGUGUGUGUGUGACUGGUCAUGAUGAUUGUUGUUUUUGACUGACUCUGCUUCUCAGCUAUGUGACAAAUGUCCUGUUUAUUUUUUAUGAGUUUGUUUAAUGAGUUGUUAUGUAUUUUGGUACGUCUGCAUUGCUUGAAUCACAAUGAAAACUGGCAGUGUGGCAGGUUUGCAAAGUACAGGUUUCUUUGCCAACAGACAGAACCGGCAAGCCGGAGAGCCAGUAACACUCUGGUAUGAUGACUCUUUAUCAGUCACAGAUAUGACAAUAAUCUACAUCUCCAUAAGCUACUCUUAGAGUACUCAUACUCUAAGAGUAGCUCUCUGCAUCACUAUCACUAGAACAAGCUCAGUCCGAGUCUACAGCCAUGGGGUGGGUAGUUACAUUAAAGCUAUUAGACAGGAUAGCUGCCCUCAGAAACCUCUGCUGUUUAUUUAAUUUAUAAGAAAGGCAUGCUUUCUAGUGCAUGGGGCCCCCAGAACAGGCUUUAUUUGUCCACAUCUGACAUUCUUGUUUUUCCCUCCUCUUCCUCUCUUCUCCUGAGAAAGCUGACUGUGCAGUAGAUGCCUCCCCUGGGUGCAGAGGACUUCACUUCCUGUCAGCUUAUGAAACCUAACCGAACAAAGACAUGAUUUGUUGCUAAGUCCACUUUAUUUCUUCUCUUCUUUAGCUUCCUCUGUGCAAUUAAGACAAACCGGUACUGCCAUUCAAAUGCAACCACAUCAGCAGAUGUCCAGUGGGGGGAAGAACAUCCUCAGCAGCGGCAGGAGGUUGACUGUAACCCAGUUUCGCUCAUGAAAUCUUAUUCUCAGAGGGCUGUCAGGCUUUUCCAUCUCUCCCUUGUGCAAUGCAGGGAGCCACUGCAGAAGAUGAUGUUGAAUUACUAAAUGCAACAACAGAAGGGAAGUCUAUUCAUCACGUCUCUCUUUCCUCGUUCUUUGAGGCUGUUACCCUGCAGUAAAAUGAAAGUGUGAGUGAAUAGAAAAUCAAGGGGUAAAAAAAGAUUAUCCUCCUCUUUUUGUUUGGAUGCGAUGGUGAUGCUCCUUUCCAGCCUGCCCAGAUUAGAUCUUUCUCUGCUGUGUGGCAGUAGUUUCCUCUUGUGGCUGAGUAGACUCUGAGGCAGAAGCUGCAUGACUCGUUAGGGGAACAAUGAUUGAGAUGAAAAGAGGUGAACUGAAAUGAGGAGUGAAGAAGACAGUUUGUUUUUUGGGGUUUUUUUUUUUUUUUGCCCUCUCUAUUCUCU